AAGCCCCGCCCCUCCCUCCGCCACAGCACGGUUCAUCAUGGCGCUGGCGAGAAGCGUUUACAACCUGCUUUUCAAAAGGACGUCGACUUUCGCCGUCACUAUCAUGGUGGGAGCCGUGGUGUUCGAGCGGGUGUUCGACCAGGGCGGAGACGCGCUGUUUGAGAGUUUAAAUCGAGGGAAACUGUGGAAACAUAUUAAACACAACUACGAGAAGGAGGAGUGACCGGUGUGGUUUGAUGCAGCUUCUUGGCCGGAGGGUCCAGCCACCGUCCCAUUCCCGAGAUCAUCCGCCGGCUUGGACAUCGUCCUGGUGUUGAUUCUUCUUCAGACACUGCAUGGGGAUCUGGAGAGACUGGCUAUGAACAUCAUGGAAUACCGAAACCAUCAAGAUGCCCCUCCUUAAUGUUGUGUGUUAUGCCUCAUAUUCACAGUUUGUAAAUGUACAUUUAAAAGUUGUUAAUAAAUCCAUUAAAUAACA